UUCUUCACAUUUACUCAUCUCUGUUUGAUUGUAGUUGUAAGUGUAGAUGGCAGCUGUUCCUCUCUUCAACCUGGCUCCGAAUCUCACUGUCUCAAGGCUCUGCUUAGGAACAAUGACUUUUGGAGAGCAGAACACGCUGCCUCAAUCCUUUCGCAUUCUCGACCAAGCCUUCGACGCCGGCAUCAACUUCUUCGACUCUGCAGAAAUGUAUCCUGUGCCUCAGCGCUCUCACACGUGUGGCAGGAGCGAGGACUACCUUGCCCGUUGGAUUCGACACCGAAAAAUCCCUAGGGAUCGUCUCGUAAUUGCAACUAAGGUUGCUGGCCCGUCGGGCCAAAUGACUUGGAUUAGAGGGGGUCCUAAAUGUUUGGAUGCAACCAAUAUUACUGAAGCCAUAGAUAAUAGUUUGUUGCGGAUGCAAAUGGAUUAUAUUGAUCUUUAUCAGAUUCAUUGGCCUGAUCGGUAUGUUCCAAUGUUCGGGGAAACCAAGUAUGACCCAGUCCGACAAUACUCUUCAAUCAGUAUAGAUGAACAACUUGAAGCUCUCGGCACAGCUGUGAAAGCUGGGAAGAUCAGAUAUGUUGGUCUUAGUAAUGAAACGCCAUAUGGCUUAAUGAAGUUUAUUCAAGUUGCUGAAAAAUAUGCUUCAUGCCCGAAGAUAGUAUCUUUGCAGAAUUCAUAUAGCCUGCUAUGUAGAACUUUUGAUUCUGCAAUGGCUGAAUGCUGCCAUCAGGAGAGCAUUAGCUUGUUGGCCUACAGUCCCCUGGCAAUGGGUAUACUUUCAGGGAAAUAUUUUUCCCCCGGUGGUGGUCCAACAGAUGCUCGAUUAAAUCUUUUUAAAGGGAAGUACUCAGAAGGAGAGUCCAGAUACAACUUGUCCAAUAGAGUUAUAAAGGCAGCUACUGUGGAGUACCUUAACAUUGCAAAAACGUAUGGUCUUCAUCCUGUAUCCCUGGCUAUAGCCUUUGUUUUGCGACACCCACUUGUUGCUAGUGCUGUUUUUGGGGCAACCAAAUCAUGGCAGCUCCAAGAGGUUCUAAAUGCAUGCAAGAUCGAGCUCUCGUAUGAAGUAAUAGAAGAAAUUAACAAGAUUCAUUCAAGGUUUCCAAAUCCUUGUCCCUGAUGAAUGCAAACAAUAGAAGAGAAGAGGGAAAAGUGAUAGAUGUAACACUUAUGAUGUGAUUUAAGAAGAAUAGAAAUAGAUGAGAGAUAUCACAUGAGUGACACGGGUAUUUAUAUAUCAGAAUUGUAUUUUAAAGCAGGCCUUUAUCUUACAAAAUAUCUGAUGCCUGAAUGCUUACGUUGAAAAGUAUACUUCAAGACUCAAAUGUGGCUGCAGUUAUCUCGUUUGGAUGUAGAGCCAGAUGAUAGCAGCAGUCAUAAUAAUGCAAGAC